UCUUUUUUUAGUGUAACACCUGUAAAAAUUGAAUGAAAACCGGAAAAAAAAAUCUGUAUCAAAUAAAUUGUUAGUUGCUUUCCAGCCUUGAGAGAAAUACCUGUCAAUCAAAGCCUUCAAAAUUAGAAAAUGAGCAAAAAACUGAAUAAACAAUAAAAAAAAAAACUUGGCCAAGCUAUUGGGACAGGCAACAUUGCAUGAAUUCGUAGUCUGCUACUUGUAUUUGGAAAUUGAAACCCUGAAGUACUGCGAUUUUGACGUAAAACUCAAUUCCUCUUUAUAUCUGCAUUAUCCUUAGAAAUGGCAUUGAAACAAACCGAAAAGCUAAAAAGCAAUGUGGAAGAACAGCUGGAAAGAUUAGUGAAACAGUUGGAGGAUUUAGAAAAAUACAGGGAAGAUUUCGAACCUGAAGAGUACCAGGAGACCAAGGCAGAAACCCUGGAACAGAUGAGAGAAUUUCAGUCGUCACUCGCAAAAUUAGCAGCUGGGGAUUUAUCUCUGACCGAUUACUUUGCAGCCAUUCAGUUGGGCAUACAAGCAGCCCUCAGUGAGGUUUUCAGAACACCAGAAGUUAUUCUCAUGUUUGCAAAAAAACAGCCAGAACAAUUACGGCUCAAACUGGCCCAAAUUCAGCGGGAUCUAAAACUUGGAAAGCUUUCCAGCCAAGCCGCUCAAGCACAACAGAUUGAAGUCCUUGGAGCACUGAAAGGUCUUGGAGAAAUUUUAAAUACAGAAGAGGCCAACCUUCUUGAAAAAACAAACUCUGUUUCUUUACAGCAAUUCAUCAAAGUGUCAACUGAUCCAAAUUCAAAAAGUAAAUUGCUGACAUUAGCUGAAAAUUCUCUUAGCCUAGAAUAAGGAGGAAAAACGAGAAACUAACUUGACGGAGCAUCAUGGAAUCUGUAUCCUGUUGCCAAAAACGUAAGCUGCAGCAUGGUUCCCAUCAAUAUGUAAAUAGUAACAUUGGCUAAUACUGGGAAAUUUUAUGUUAUUGCCCAAUUUCCUUUUCCCCUACAAGGACAAUGUAUUUCAUGCGAAUAUUAAUCUCGUGAGUAAGGGAAUUAUACAAGACAACUUUUGUUUCUUUUAAAA